GAUGAUUGCUGGAGGCCGAGUGUUCGUCUUCCCGUGUAUUCAGCAGAUACAGAGGAUUUCCCUGAACACUCUGACUCUGAAUGUGAAGAGCGAUAAAGUCUACACUCGCCACGGAGUGCCCAUCUCCGUCACAGGGAUAGCCCAGGUCAGUGAGCAUCAGAGAAAGAUGGACGUCACACCUCCACUUCCUCCCACUGUCCAGAAAUGAAGCCAAAAUAUUGAGGAUUUGAACGGUGCCAUCUCACGUCGAUGACAUCAUCAGGAGCCAGAGACUGUCCAGUAGUGAUUGAAUGAAGAUCCAGGGUCAGAAUAAACAGAUGCUGGCUGCAGCCUGCCAGAUGUUCAUGGGGAAGUCAGAGCCGGAGAUUGCUCAUAUCGCCUUGGAGACGCUGGAGGGGCACCAGCGCGCCAUCAUCGCCCACCUGACUGUCGAGGAGAUCUACAAGGACCGGAAGAAGUUCUCCGAGCAGGUUUUCAAGGUGGCGUCCUCAGACCUGGUCAACAUGGGCAUCAGCGUGGUCAGCUACACGCUCAAAGAUGUUCACGACGACCAGGAUUACCUGCAUUCCCUGGGAAAAGGUCGCACAGCCCAGGUGCAGAAAGACGCUCGCAUCGGAGAGGCCCAGAACAAGAGAGAUGCUGUAAUCAGGGAAGCCCACGCGAUGCAGGAGAAAGUCUCUGCUCAGUACAAGAACGAGAUCGACAUGGCAAAGUCCCAGAGGGACUAUGAGCUGAAGAAAGCAGCCUAUGACAUUGAGGUCAACACUAAGAAGGCUGAGUCGGAGAUGGCCUAUCAGCUGCAGGUUGCAAAGACGAAGCAGCGUAUCGAGGAGGAGAAGAUGCAGGUGCAGGUUGUCGAGAGGACGCAGCAGAUCAUGCUGCAGGAGCAGGAGAUCUCCCGCAGGGAGAAGGAGCUGGAGGCCAAGGUGAAGAAACCUGCAGAGGCUGAGCGGUACCGUCUGGAGAAACUCGCUGAAGCUCAGCGUCUUAAGUUGAUCAUGGAGGCAGAAGCUGAAGCAGAAUCCAUCAGGAUUAAAGGUGAGGCUGAGGCGUUUGCAGUGGAGGCCAAAGGUCGUGCAGAGGCGGAGCAGAUGUCAAAGAAGGCAGAGGCCUUCCAGCAGUACAAGGAUGGAGCCAUGGUGGACAUGCUGCUGGAGAAACUGCCUCUGAUGGCAGAGGAGAUCAGCAAGCCUCUGUGUGAGGCCAACAAAGUUAUCAUGGUGUCCAGUGGAGGAGGCGAAGUGGGCGCAGCCAAACUGACGGGAGAGGUGUUGGACAUCAUGACCCGCCUCCCUGAGACGGUGGAGAAACUGACCGGAAUCAGCAUCUCCCUGGUAACGCUCUCCUGCACCUAAACCGAAUGAUAGUCAAAGGUUUGGCCACUAGACACAAAAUAACUCAAACGAACACACAAGCCCAACAUAUCAUCGCUGCUGAAGUUUAUUUAGAUUAAGUGUUAAAAAACUGUUGUUUACAACAUUCUAAUUCCAUUCAGUUGUUUAGUCCCUGGUGGUGGUUGAUCCAAAAUUUAGGCUGAUUUUAAACUUUAAUGAAGUCUUUAUUUCCCUCUGAUCGCUCCUUCGUGCAGGCGACCUCUCGUACAGGGUGAAGAGAAUCAUCUCCUGCUGUCGUUUAUCGUCUGCCUGGACUCUUUGCACGAGUCUGCUAACAUGGCCUCCUUCCUCCGCCCUAACAACUCUCACAUAAUAUGUCCCUUCCUCCGCCAACAUCUUCUUUUGAUGUUUCUGUGUCGUGAAAAAGACAAACUCUUUCACUUUCUUAAUUUUCCUUUGUGUCACUGAUUGUAAGCUUUGAUUUGGGAGAAAGAAUUGUGCUCCUCUGGCUACAGUUACAGUUCUUGUUUCAAAAUAUUUGUUCUUAUAUGAUCCAUGUGUCCACUGAGUACAUCCUCUACAGACUCUGGGUUUUAAAACUAAAACACUUCCUGCGCGUUAUAUCACAAAAUUCAGAGUUGUUAAUUGAUUUUCAUUGACAUAAUCAGAUGUGAAAACUGAAAUAAGCAACAAAUGUAACGGAAGUCUCUGUGUAUCCUGUAUUUCUUCUUCUCUUAAUGUCACUGUGUGUGUGUGUGUGUGUGUGUGUGUGUGUGUGUGUGUGUGUGUGUGUGUGUGUGGCGCGCCCCCUGCUCCACUGUAAUGUACCUGUAAUGUCUUCUCUAUAACUGCCUGUCUGCGCUGCCUUGCUGCCAAACCUUAAGUGCAUCUUAACAUGACAGUUUAAUGCAAAUGGUCCAAAACCUUCAUUUACCAAUCUACAAACGUUACACAGUCGAAUACAAAACCGCCCCCUGUAGUUUCAGUACGUCACGCGUUUCAAUCAGAAUUGAUAUUUACUACAUGAAGGAGUUAAGGAUUUGUCAAUCCUGAAGUAUUUUAGUUAUUAUUUUAUUUAGCUUUAUUUCAAACUUUAAAACACUGUUCAUCAGUAUGAAAAUAAAUGACAAAAUACUGAAUAAUGUAGAAAUAUAAUCCACAGAAUUAUUAAAACACAUAAAUUUAUAAAAACAACAUCAGUACUUAGUGUUAUCUCAGAUGGUUGCAGAUUGAACAUAAUCAGUGUUAUGAUACCAUCUAUAAAUCUGUGUGGCUUUAUCAUGUACAUGUUAACUGUUGUUUUAUAUUUUAUGUGUUUUUCGCCGUCUACGAUGUUGGGUGAUUUCUUCUCGUCUUAUCCUGCUGAACCAGUGUUAACUUUCAUUGGUUUUUGGAAAAUAUUUAUUGUAAGGUCCCUUUGAUUACGUUAUACCAGUAUAAUACAGUAUCUGGUAUUAAAUACCAUAAUUCUCUAAGAUUUUAAAUAAAAAUAUUGACAAAUGUGAUGCGUGUUCACAAUCCUAAUAAUACUGUAUUAACUGGAUGUAUUCUUAAGCAAAGUGGUGCUUUUUGUUUUAUAGAAGCCAGUUAUGUAGCAGCUCUUGUACAAGUAUGGCUUAUGGAAAACAAAGUUUAAAGUAAUCUGCUGUCGUAGCAAUAGGAAUACCACAGUGUACUAAAAUGAGGAUAUAUGUAUGAUUAUUGUUUUUUAAUGAAAGUCUGAUGUGAGGAGAUGAUAGAUUUGAUCAGAAGCGAUAAACUAGUGGUGAGAAAAGGAGAAAAAUUUGAAUUUUGUUUGUCGGCCUCUUACAUCGUAUAUUGGCAGCUUCUUAUCUUAGAGUCGAUGUAUCUGUCACACAGAAGGAUGAUGCUCGUGAAGGUUUAUCUCUGAACUGCUCAAACUAUUUAUAAAACUAUAAACUUUAUAUCAUAACUCUCACUCUAUCGCCCUCUACCUCACCACAACCCUUGGGGCUGGGUAUUAAAUCAUGUUUCACGUGGGCCCCCUAUCUUAUUUAUUUCCUAAUUUAACGUGUCAACAGACACACAAACAGUUGAGGAAUUUAUCCAAGAAAACAUGUUUACGUUUCUUUAGUGUCAUUUGUUGGAAAGAAUUUGUAUUGCACGUUUAGUUUUUUCGUGGCUGUUUGACGGCAGUAAAUUCAACCAAAAACGGUUGUUUCUUUCUCCUCUGCAUAACCCCCAGCCCUAAACGCCUCACUGUGUGCUUGUGCACUGCUGGAUACGGUACAGCCAAAUAAUUAAAGCAGCUUUCUAAAAAGGUAAAUUCUAUUUAUUGGAAGAUGAACACUGCUGUUAUCACACAGCCACAGAUACCUGUCACACUAACUGUAAUCUUGAGAAUGCAUGUGCUUCACUUUGUGCUACUUCACGGUCGCCUCAGGUAGGAAAUGUAAUCUUUGUGCUUCUGUAUUGAAGUGACUUGAAGUGUUCUACUGACACGACACUGUGUAUGAACAUAGAUGUACUUAUACAGUAUAUAUUUGAUAUUUGAUGCAGUAUUAAUGUAGCAGUGUUACCAUUAACAAUUCAACUAACAGCACUGUUUCAUCAUAAAUGUAUUUAAGAUAGUUUAAUCACUUUAGUGGUUUUCUGUGUUAUUUCAACUCCUGGAAAAUACCACUCUGUUGAAUUUAAAUUAUUCUGGGUGUGUUUUAGCGAAAUGUUUUUCCAGGAUCUUGUACACGUUAUAAAUGUCAUUAAAUUGCAAAAAAAGGAAACCACAAAUGUUCUUUUUUCUCUUUCUGAAAACAGAGUAAUUAAUUCCUGUCGUCUAUUUAUUACUUUGCUCAUAUCUUAUCUUCUGGUUUUUGGUUUUUCUGAUUUGUGCAUGUUGUUGCUGCUGUAUUUUUGUUCCUUUUCUAUUUUGCAUCAUUGUGUAAGUUGUGUUUCUGUUGAAUUGUAACUGGUUAAUGUUAUUUAUGGUGACUGCAUGAAGACCAGCGCUCACAUGCACGAUGAGGUCCUAAUAAACAAACAUUUGUUUUCAUUGAUCCGA